UCUCCACUUUUAGAGAGAGAAAGUAGGAGACUCUUUGCCGUCGCUAGCCUUCCUGCCGUCGUUCUCAUCCAUUUUUCAGCUCCGUACUAGGUUAGUCUUCCUCGGCCUUGCUCUUCCAUGUCUUCCCAAUCCUUAGUAUUUCGUCAGUCCGAGUCCGAGCGCGAUGCCGAGGGCUCUGUCAUCGGCUCCGCGCAAGAGAUCGAAUCCCGCUCACCUUCCGUCGAGGACAUAGUCGCGGCGGUCGAGGUCCCUCCUCAGUCCGAGCCUCGCAACCAAAGGACCGGGGUUCGCCCCGAUCUGGCCCGCUUCCUGUUGCUCUUCCGGUUGGCGAAGUCGUCGGGCCGCGCGAACUCCGACUCAGGCUCGUAUGCAUCUAUCUUCCAACAGAAAGAGAAGCUCUUCAAAACGAGGAAGGAUUCCGCCAAGAGUUGGAAGAGGAAGUUCAUCUUCGUCUCUCGUGAAAUCAUGCUCUCCAACGCCGAGCGGGUGAAGCUCAUGUUCCCGGAUGCUCCGAGCAACAGCUCCCAGGCCCCUACUUCGGGCGGCCGUCCCCCGACUCCACUCGUGAAGCCAACCUCCGAGACGGCCCAGAAAAAGAAGAGGAAGGAAACGGCCUCGGCCGCCGAUGCUCCGCAGGGGUCCGAGUCCCCCAUGAUGAAGGAUUUCGGCAAUCCUAAGUACGUCAAGGCAGCCUUCCCCGCUCGGGCGAUGAUGCGCAUGGUCGACAUGAGUCAACGGUUGCGCGCCAGUGAGGAUGACCAGAGCAGGGCCUAUAUUGAGAUAGCCAACCUUAAUGAGGCGCUGAAGGCGGCCAAGGAGCAAGCUCGUCAGGCAUCUGCUGGCGGCAACAUUCUAACCGACUACCGAAGUUGUCUUAACGCUGAAUCUCUUGAAACACUGGUUUGCAACCAAGAUUGGCUCUUGGCAAGACGUCGGGCUCAAGAGUCAUCGUACCAACUCGAAUCGGAGCAUUACAUGAAUGCAACCACAGAUGGAAGUCCGAGUUCUGAAGAAUAAGUUAUAAAUUUUUUUUAUGUUAAUGUAAAUAUGUAAUUAAUUUUUUUAGGUGAGCGAUAUAUAAGCUCCUUCGCGGGUUUCUUUACGGUUCUUUACCUCGUCGCUUUUUUGAACCGUCAGGAUAUUAAAUGUGGUUGUUCUUC